UGAAGCCUCCCGUCUCACCCGCCCCCCCCCACGAGGAUCCAGUGGCGACUCUUUCCCACGAGCGGGAGCUUAGUCCGCAAGCUCCAAAAAAUACCCCCAAACCCUGUCAGACUUAAAGUUGCCCCGUUCUACUUCUGUUUCCUUUUGCUACUGCUGCGGGCUUCUUGUAGCGACUGACUAAGGCUUAAGGGUCUCAAUUCCAACUUUAACACGGUGGGAGGGUGGUCCCAAACGAGGCGAUUUGAUUGGCCAUGGAGGGGGCGGGGCAGGAAUAGUGGAACGCCGGGUUAUCUGAUUGGACUGUGGCUCUGUCUGUCGGAUUCCUACGACCAAUGCUCGUUCCUAACGCCAGCCUCGGCUUCAUUGGUUUGGUCGCUCAGCGAUGACAGGCUGAUUGGUCCAAAAGACUGUUCGUCCGCCCCCGUAGAACCUCGCGCAGAGGGCCUCUCCCCGGCCUAGCCCCUGUCGGUGGGGCCGACUGUGGGGGAGCAGGCUGACGUGACGUCGGCCCUGACGCUACGGCGGCGGCGGCGGCGGCGGCGGCGGGUCCCGGGGUCGGCGCGGUUGCCAUGGCAUCCUCGGGCGGGGGCCCCGGGGUCGGCACCGAGGCCGGGGGGUGGGAGCCGCGGGCCGAGGGCGGCGCGGGGCCCGAGGCCAGCUUCUCGUUCGGCGGGUUCGCCGCGGUGCUGGGCGGCCUGGGCCCGGGUCCGGCGCCGCCCGCGCCGCUGCGCCUCCUGCACGAGCUGUGGCCGGACCCCGGCCCGGAUCCCGGCCCCGGAAACGAACGGAGCGGCAAGCUGCGGCCGGGCCGCCUGCAGCGGGCAGCCUGGCCGCAUCGGCGCCUGGGGCCCACGGGCCGGGAGGUACACGCGCUGAAAAGGCUGCGGGAAGCUGCCAACGCCAAUGACUUAGAAACAGUGCAGCAGCUGCUGGAGGACGGGGCGGAUCCAUGCACAGCGGAUGACAAAGGUCGCACAGCCCUGCACUUCGCGUCCUGCAAUGGCAACGACCAGAUCGUGCAGCUGCUCCUGGACCACGGUGCUGAUCCCAACCAGCGUGAUGGGCUGGGGAACACGCCUCUGCAUUUGGCUGCCUGCACCAACCAUGUGCCCGUCAUCACCACGCUGCUCCGAGGAGGGGCCCGGGUGGACGCCCUGGACCGGGCCGGCAGGACCCCCUUGCACCUUGCCAAGUCAAAGCUGAACAUUCUACAGGAGGGGCAGUCCCAGUGUUUAGAAGCUGUCCGGCUGGAGGUGAAACAGAUCAUCCACAUGCUCAGGGAGUACUUGGAGCGUCUGGGACAGCACGAGCAGCGGGAUCGGCUGGAUGACCUCUGCACCCGCCUGCAGAUGACCAGCACCAAAGAGCAGGUGGACGAGGUGACCGACCUCCUGGCCAGCUUCACGUCGCUCAGCCUGCAGAUGCAGAAGCUGGAGAAGAGGUAGCCGCAGAGAAGGCUUCCCCUGCCUCCCCUCCCGGACCUCUGCCAGACCAUCCCCAGCUCUGGAAGAAGGGAGGGGCCAGCCUGGCCCGGCCCAGGCCUGCUGGGAAGGAUUCAUCGGGGUCUCUUCUUCAGAGCCUCCUACAUGGAGGCUGUAGCCGCUGCCUCCUUCUUUGACGCCCUCCCGCGCUAAUGCUGUUGGCCUUGCCCGGGCAGCAGAGCCCCAGCCUAGGGGUUUCCCAGACCCCCUUCCCCUUCAUUAUGCCCAUGGCUCAUCACCCAUGGGAGCAGGUGGGCCCGACCCUCCUCCCCCCAUCCUCUCCUUGAAGCUGCUGUGAGCAGAGAAGGGGAGUGGGGGGAGCCCUUUUCCAAGCCCGUUUUAGGAAGUGGAAGUCCUGGGGGCAACAUCACACCUCCCACCAGAGCUUGGAUCUCACCACGGUCCUGGUGAGCUGAGGGAAGGUUUCCUUUUGAGGUGGGAAGUUUUGGGGGGGGGCAGGAGUUUGAGGGGCUGGAAUCUGUCUAAGGCGGUUUUGAGAGGUCCCAGUUUGGAACCAGAGCUUGGGACUGGGGCCUCCUCAUUGGAGGGCGAGGCAGGAGCCUUUCUAAUGCCCCUUGUGGUCAGAGCUGGGGCCUCGAGGGCAGCUGCUGCCUUCUGAGCUGCCUGGGGAGCCAUCACUGCCUCGGACCUUCUCACUGGGGUCUCGGCCCCCUGGAGGAAAAUAGGCUGGUUGCCUGCGGCUUCUGGUUCUCUUUGGGAGAGGGGGGACAAACUCAAGGCCGUGGAUUGCAGACUGGAGGAGUCACGGCUGUGUACAGGGGCCGUGAGGGAGUUGGUCAGGAGAUGGAGGGCAGGGAGCUUGCUCUCCUGGUGCCCAAACUUGGCUGGCAGCUCCUGGGGUCCCUGGGGCAGUUGGGGCUGAACUUUGCCCCCAUUCUCUCAGCAGCUUCACCCCCCUGCCCAGGCCAUGUGGCCAGUACAUUGAAGGGGAUCAGAGGCAGGGAGCCGCCUGUGGGUGCAAGGCCUUGUGGGCUUCUAACCCCCUCCUGAGCAGUUUCCCAGCCCGCCGGGCAGCCCAUGGGCAGUGGAGAUGUUCUUAGAGCCACAAGCCAACCACUUAGCGGGUCCUAAAGGCAGCUGGGGCAGCCAUUGUGGGUGAGGGUCUGGGGAGGAUGGAGGGAGCCUCCUCCAGGCCUUCGCUGUAAUGUCCUAGUGAAGUGACCCAGAAAACAAGUUGUGUGUUGUUGGGGUGGGAUGUGUGUGUGUAUGUGCAGUUUCUUGUUGUUUAAUGUAUAUAGUCAGUGGCCACUGUUGCUCCUCGCUCUCUAGGAUGGCGGCCGGCCUGCUGGCCCCGUCACUUCCGCCUCAGGAUCCUUAGGGUGCAGGGACAAAGCGGGGAUGGUCAGGCCUCUUGCUGCCGUUUUCUUGUGUUGGACUGUUGACCAGGAAGUGGGGGGAGGGUGCCACCGGGCUGGCAGCGUCACCGUGCCCCAGGCUCGGGCUCCCAGCUGUUGGGGGGGACAAGC